GAACUUUUCAGUCAAAUCUCUCUCUCUCUCUCUCUCUCUCUAAUAUAUAUAUAUAUAUAUAUAUAUAUAUAUAAAAUUCAGCUUCUCUCACCAUUUCUGUAAUCUUGGAGCUCUCAUCUUUUGCACGUUUUCCAAUGGCGGCUUCUGCUAUUGGCUUGGCGACCUCUCUUCUUCCAUCUACGAGUGCGAAGCGCGCCACGGCCACCGCCACGGUGUUUUCGUCGGCUGCCUUUCCUUCUGAUAAAGAUUCGGUUUUCUACAAGCGCUUUAAGAUCAGAAGCUCCAAGUGCCCGCUCGGGUUCUCAAGCGAGAAGAUCGAUUCGAGGGCGUUGACUGCCUCGCCUCUCCAGCUGCUCAAGUCGUCUCCUGCUAACAGAUAUACAAAGGAAAGCAGCAGCAUUGUGGUUAUAGGGCUUGAUGUUCACUCUACCCCAGUUGAGAUACGUGAAAAAUUAGCUAUCCCUGAAGCACAGUGUCCUCAAGCCAUUACUGAGCUCUGUGCUAUGAACCAUAUAGAGGAAGCUGCUGUUCUUAGUACCUGUAACCGAAUGGAAAUUUAUGUCGUGGCUCUAUCUCAGCAUCGUGGGGUUAAAGAAGUGACAGAAUGGAUGUCAAAGAUAAGUGGGGUUUCUGUUUCCGAGCUUUGUAAGCACCAGUUUGUGUUGUAUAACAAGGAUGCCACCCAGCACCUGUUUGAAGUAGCCGCUGGGCUUAACUCUCUUGUUCUAGGGGAAGGUCAAAUCCUUGCUCAGGUAAAACAAGUUGUUAAAGUUGGACAAGGAGUAGCUGGCUUUGAUAGGAAAGUCAGUGGGCUAUUCAAGCAUGCAAUCACGGUUGGGAAGAGGGUUAGGAGUGAGACGAACAUUGCAUCAGGGUCAGUUUCUGUCAGUUCUGCUGCUGUGGAACUUGCCUUAAUGAAGCUUCCGGAUUCUUCUUUUGCUACUGCCAGAGUGCUGGUGAUUGGAGCUGGGAAGAUGGGGAAACUGGUGAUCAAACACUUGGUUGCCAAAGGGUGCAGAAAUAUGGUUGUUGUGAACAGAACUAAAGAAAGAGUUGCCGCCAUACAUGAAGAACUCAAGGAUGUUGAAAUAAUCUACAAACCCUUCUCAGAAAUGCUAGCAUGUGCUGCUGAAGCUGAUGUAGUUUUCACCAGCACUGCAUCAGAAACCCCAUUAUUCACGAAAGAGCACGUGGAGAUGCUCCCCACCGUGCGAUCAGAAAUUGGAAGGCGGGUUUUUAUCGAUAUCUCAGUUCCUAGGAAUGUGGAACCUUCUGUCUCAGAUCUUGAGACUGCAGUCUUAUACAACGUGGAUGACCUUAAGGAAGUUGUGGCAGCUAACAAGGAGGAUAGACUCCGAAAAGCUAUGGAGGCUGACACAAUUAUACAAGAGGAAUUGAAUAAAUUUGAAGCUUGGAAAGAUUCCCUUGAGACUGUUCCCACCAUCAAGAGAUUAAAAAGCCAUUGUGAGAGGAUCAGGGAUGCUGAGCUGAACAAGUGUUUAUCAAAGAUAGGUGAUGGUAUAUCCGGGAAAUCAAAAGAAGCUAUUUAUGAUCUUAGCACAGCUAUAGUAAAAAAGAUUCUUCAUGGUCCAAUGGAGAACCUGAGAUGUGAUGACACCCGUACUCUGGAUGAGAUACUCGAGAACAUGCGCGCUCUUAAUAGAAUGUUUGAUCUCGAGGCAGAUACGGCCGUUUUGGAACAGAAGGUUCAAGCCAAGAUGGCGCAGAAGCGUAAAUAAGCGCUUCGAAACAAUUUCUCUCUACAGGAAUGAGAGGGACCUUCUUCUCCACAUUGGUGCUGUACGUUGAGAUAAAAAUAGUUGGGUCACUUUUGGAAGCUUUUCUGUUUAUUGAUUCUUUACCACACCCAGGGAAUUUUCUGUACUACUUGAGGAUAGAUACCCGGCACAGAUGGGAAACAAACCAUGAAAUGCUGAGAUGAGCUUGGCCCGGCUAUUUGAUAGCCGGCUACAAUGAUUUAUUUGUAAUUAAUUCACUGAUUCUUUCAAGA